UUUCUCAUCUUUCUACUUCAUAAUAGCUAUGAAGAAACUGAUAUUUCACCUAUAUAAACAAUCAAGACAUUUUAGUGGCAAAAAGCAAAGAACAAUUAACCAAUUCUGGUAACAAACCGUAUUGCAUAUUCAUCAGCCAAAUUAAGCAAAAUCCCAGAUGGCCUCUCAAUCAAUCUUCAAUUCAGAAUCCGACGAAGAUCAUUGGGUAAUCCAAAUCAACCAAAUGGUGAGUGAAAGCCACAACUCAAUCUUGAAAAAAAUACCUGUUUGCAUAUUCCAUGUUCCCAAAUCUUUGAGCUAUGCUAAACCAGAGGCCUUUUCUCCCCAACUUAUAGCCAUUGGUCCAUACACCCACUUUCGCCCUGAGCUCUAUCCCAUGGAAAGGUUCAAGAUUUUUGCUGCAAAAGCGGUUCUCGACCACUUCAACAAACAUGACCUCAAACAAGUAGUCCAAGAAUUCCACGACACAGCAACCUUCAUCCGUGCUAGUUACCACAAAUACUUGGACCUCAAAGAUGAAACCUUGUUAUACACCAUGGCCAUUGAUGCUUUGUUCUUGUUGAAUUUCUACCACAACUAUCUCGAUAAGAAAGUAUCUGGCUCUUUCAUGAUGGGACUAGAGGACCCAGUUCAGUUAUCCGGUGUGAAGAUAACUAGGAAUGCCACCAUAAGGGACAUCCUCAUGGUGGAGAAUCAAAUUCCGAACUACUCUUUGUUGAAGAUCUUGCUGUUUGAAAGCCCCGAACCUCCUCAUUUAGUUCAAGAGUACCUGGGUUCGAUGCUCUUGUCGUUCUGUCAUCAGCAUUCUCCACUUAAGUUCACUCACACCAUCACUUGUUCUGAAGCUGUAUCAAAGCAUCACCAUGUCUUGGAUCUCAUGUACCAUUUGGUCGUAUCUCACGCUGUAAAGUCUGAAACACCGGUACCUGAUCAAGGCGAAGGUACUUCUGAACUCCAGAAAAGCUCAAAUUCUGAAGCCAUAGCAAUUUCCUUUAAGAAAUUUAAAGGUGUAUUAACAUGGACAGUAGAAUCUUUAAAGAAGCUGAAGGACGUGAAUAUCCCUCUUGUGAAACCCGUUAAACGACACCUAGAUCCAGUGCUAAAAGUUUCCUCUCAACUUGACGCUCUUUCAUCACAUCCAAAACUUUCUGAAGAAGAAGAAGAAGAAGAAAGUCAUAUGAUUGUCAACAUCCCUUGUGUCCGUGAACUUGAUUCAGUAGGGGUAUUUUUCCAACCCGUGGAAGGUGGCAACAUGGCCAUUGAAUUUGACGAAAAGAGGGGCAUAUUUUACCUCCCUGUGGUGAAACUGGACGUGAACUCUGAAGUGAUAAUGAGAAACCUUGUGGCUUAUGAGGCCUUGACCCAACCAGAUUUUCUGAUCUUCACAAGGUACACGGAACUGAUGAGGGGAAUCGUAGACAGUGUGGAGGAUGUGAAGCUUCUGAGAAAGGCAGGGAUCAUAGAGUCAAGUAGCACUCUGAGUGUGGAAGAAACUGAGGAACUCUUCAACGGAAUGAGCAAAUCCAUUACACCCACCAAAACCCACAAGUUGGAUGAAACGAUAAACAAAGUGAACAAGUACUACGAUUAUAAGAGGAAGACGAACAUCUUAAAGGCCUCAACAGAUUAUGUGUACAGAUCAUGGAAGCUCUUCACACUUCUUGCCACCUUUGUUCUCUUGGCCAUGACGGCUAUUGAAACGUUCUGUGCAGCUUAUGAUUGUCAUAGGUAUUUUGCACCCGAAUGAGGUUGUCAUUUUGUUUUCUACUUUUACUAGAGCAUGGUUUCGAGUGUGUGAUGUUUCUGAGAAAAUGAAGUACACCCUAAGUUAGACUUUCAUAUAUGAUGUUAUUAUGUAUGUUUGAUGCGUUAUUCAACUGGAACUAAACUAUUGAUUAUA